AUGGGUCCGCCGACGACAAGGUCUCGAGCCAACUCACCGGACUCUAGGGCAAUUGCCUCGACGCAAAGAACUGCUUACCCCACGGCCUCCGAUCAGCUCGCAGGCGUCUUGGGAGAUGUCGACGAUCAAGCUGAAGUUCUGGGGCGUGAUGCUAAGCGCCUGCGUGGUGCGACGGUGUUUGCCAUUGCUGAGGCUCGGGAAGAUGCCAGAUCCGAGACCGCUCACCUCUCCCAGAAUAUCAACGAAGGUAACGAGGUUCUGUUAUCCGAUUUGAACCAAUCUUUUGCCGCCGUGGGGGAACGUAUCAACUCGCUCCCGAUGGUAGCGAAUCCCACUCCAGACGGGUCUUUGCUCAGGGCUAUUCCUUUUACUGGCUCCGGGGAGGACCCAAUGCAGUUCUCUCCAUGGCUUAGACGCCUAGAAGACGUGAUGAGAAUGAAGUCACUUGGACCAAGAAGGUGUUUUUCUCGAUUGGUCAUCUUGAUGGAGUUGCCCGCGAAAAGAUCGAGGAACUGUCGAAUGAGGAACGUGAAGACUACUCGACAGUCGUGGCCCACCUCAAGCAGUCCUUCAAAGGUCCUCAAUAUAGAUAAAUGGCUCGCCAAUCUCUGGCGUUCUGUCGACAACAGGUCGGCGAAUCAGCAGCGAUAUUCGCCAACCGCCUGCUGCUCUUGGUUAGACCAGCUAUGA